AUGAAGGCUGCGCCUCUGGGCACGGACAAAGCCUCAAGCGAUUAUGAAAGCCCUGCAAUUGCCCCAGACCAAAAUGAGGCCCCGGCUAUCGAAUAUCCUGAUGGGGGAACGAAGGCUUGGACGGCUGUAUUCGGCUGUUUCUGUGCAUUCUUUGGGGCAUUGUCCAUGAUGAACUCCAUUGGCGUCUAUCAGAACUGGCUAUCGACUCAUCAACUUGAGGGAUACAGCUCGGGAAGCAUCGGAUGGAUAUUCGGCCUCUACAACUUCUUGAGCUUCUUCACGGGGAUCCUCAUCGGUCCGCUUUUCGAUUCCAAGGGUCCAAAAAUGCUCUCAAUCAGUGGAUCUGUCAUGCUCUUGUUGACUUAUGUCCUUCUGGGGUGGUGCAGCAAGUACUGGCAUUUCAUGUUAUGCUUUGGUAUUUUAGGAAGCUCCUCGACCUGCCUCCUCUUUACCGCGGCUAUGGGGACUGUACAGCACUGGUUCUUGAAGCGGCGAGGGCUGGCAACAGGACUUGCUAUCUGUGGCGGAAGCGUCGGUGGCAUCACGACACCUUUAGUCUUGAGCGCCUUGCUGCCCAAAAUUGGGUUCACUUGGGCCAUGAGAGCAUUGGCCCUUCUCAUGGUACCCUUUGUAGCUUGCGCUAUUCUUCUCAUGCGUGGGAGACACCAAGACAUUUCUACAGCGCCCAAGAGCAUCUUACCAGAUAUCACGGUUCUGUGGGAGCCGAAGAAAGGGGUACUAACCGUCGCUGCCUUGUUCAUCGAAUUGGGGCUCUUCAUUCCAAUGACAUAUGUUGCCUCGUUCGCUACCAAUCAUGAUAUGUCGCCAGAGGCCGCUUACAGGACAGUCACUCUUAUGAACGUCGGCUCGUUGAUCGGACGGUGGCUGCCGGGAUGGUUAGGUGACAAGCUUGGGCGCUUUAAUAUGCUUAACAUCGCUCUAGCACUCUGUAUCGUGUCAAUAUUUGGCAUUUGGCUACCACCAACGGGGGCAUCGACUGCUGGACUGACUGCAUUUGCAGUUAUUUUGGAAUUGGCAGUGGAAGUGGGAUCAGCCUCCUUCCAGUUUGUAUUGGACAACUCUGCGAGACUGAAAACUAUGGAAAGACUUUCACAGCUGUCUACAGUGUUGGAAGCAUCGGGUACGUAUCUCUUACCAUACACGCUUUCCUGAAAACUAGAAGUAAACAUAUCUAAUUUCUCUCAGCUCUUUGAUUGGAGUGCCACUUGGCGGGCAGAUUCUGGAGGCGGCAAAGGGCGAUUACAUGGGGCUCAUCAUCUUUUCAGGUGCCGCGUAUGUGGUUGCAUUUGGAAGUCUCACUGCAGUGAGGAUCAUGAGUGCAGGGGCAAAGGGCUCUACCAAAUUCUAG